UUAACCAUAGCCUACUAACUGCAAGUGUUUAGACUACAGGAGGAAACCAGACUACCUGGAGAGCACCCAUGCAGGCACACAGAAACACAUGACGAACACACAAACUCCACACUGAAAGGCAGCAGCCAGAUGAUGAAUUUAAACGUAGGAAACUUCUUGCUGUGAGAUCCACCAAACAUCCUGACUGUAGAGAAAUCUAGAGGGCUGAGAUUAUCAAACUCAAUAAUGAAAGGCCAGUCUGCUAGUGAGUCAUCCAGACCAAGUUUUGUCCUGGCUGACUAUGCAGUCUUUGCAGCCAUGUUAUUGGUUUCUAUGGCAAUAGGACUUUUCCAUGCCCUGAAGAAAAGGAAGAGGGAAGCAUCUGCUGACGACUUCUUCACGGGGGGCCGGAGCAUGCCAGCAAUUCCUGUUGGCUUGUCUCUCUGUGCCAGCUUCAUGUCAGCAGUCCAGGUUCUGGGUGUUCCUUCUGAAGGUUUUCGCUAUGGCUUCAAAUUCCUCUACAUGUGCCUCGGACAAAGCAUCAACUCCCUGCUGACAGCUUACCUGUUCCUGCCGGUUUUCUUUCGACUGGGCAUCACCAGCACCAAUCAGUAUCUGAGGAUGAGAUUUGGCAGAGGGAUGCAGCUGCUGGGGAGCAUUCAGUUUCUCGUUGCCACGCUGCUUUACACAGGGAUUGUCAUCUACGCACCAGCUUUAAUUCUCAAUCAAGCUACUGGACUCAACAUAUGGGCAUCCCUGUUUUCUACUGGGCUCAUCUGCACCUUGUACACCACACUGGGUGGAAUCAAAGCUGUGGUCUGGACUGAUGUAUUUCAGAUCAUUGUCAUGUUGUUUGGCUUUGUGGCCAUUUACAUCCAAGGCACAGUUCUGGUUGGUGGUCCGGCACAAGUACUGAGGAUUGCAAACAAUGGAUCACGCAUUAAUUUUAAUGAUUUUAGCUUUGACCCACGGCAUCGCUACACAUUCUGGAGCCUUUCUGUUGGGGGUGCAUUGGUUUGGCUGUCCAUGUACGGAGUGAACCAAGCACAAGUCCAGCGAUACAUCUCCUGCCGAUCAGAGAGAGCAGCCCAGUGGGCACUGUUUGUGAACCAAGUGGGUCUGUGCCUCAUUGUGAGCAGUGCAGCAACCUGUGGCAUCGUCAUGUUUGCUUUUUACAACACGUGUGAUCCACUGAAAUCUGGGAGGAUUUCUAAACCUGACCUGCUUAUGCCGUACUUUGUGCUGGACAUAUUCCAAAAUUACCCGGGCUUCCCAGGUCUUUUCCUCGCCUGUGCAUACAGUGGGACCUUGAGUACGGCUUCCACAAGCAUCAAUGCCAUGGCUGCGGUGACGAUGGAGGAUAUCCUGCACCCGUAUCUGCUUCACAUGACACAGAAGAAACUGAUGCUGGUUUCCAGAGGACUGUCACUCCUGUACGGCGCUGGUUGUAUCAUGGUGGCUGCGCUCUCCUCCCUCCUGAACUGGGGAGUUCUUCAGGGAUCAUUUACUGUCAUGGGUGUGGUCAGCGGCCCAUUACUUGGAGUGUUCAUUUUGGGAAUAUUUUUCCCAGCAGCAAACAAGCUGGGGGCAUUCACAGGGAUAUUAGCUGGCUUCUGUGUCUCUAUGUGGCUAGCUGUAGGUUCAACUCUGUAUCCACCCAGUGAGGAGACCAUGGGUGUCCUGCCCAGCUUAGCAGGUGACUGUGAAUCCAUAAACAUCACCCAGAGCAGUAUACCUAUCAAGGACCAGCACUCUGUCUCCACCCCGCUUCGCCCCAAUAACCAGGGGGGCCUGUUAAACUUCUACUCCAUGUCCUACCUCUACUUUGGCGCCAUGGCAACUAGUUCAGUUGUACUUGUCGGUGUAAUUGUGAGCUACGCAACAGGCCGAACAAAGAGGGAGAACAUUAAAGAAGGUUUGUUAUGGUGGGACCUGAAAAAGAAGAAAGUGGAGGGUCCAUCAAAAAAAAGAGAGGGAGACAAAGUGUCAGAAGAACUACAGUGUGUGUCUUUGAUGAAGAUGGACAAGCAGGACGAAUGAAGUGGAGGAAGACCAAAGAGACAACAGAAAAUAAAGUCACUGCACAAUUCAUA